GACGGCCGAAGGGAGCCGCAGGAACGGAGGGGUCCCGCAGACCAUGGCAUCCCAACUUUAUCACAAAAGCGAGACCGUGGCUCUUCGUGAGAAGUUAAUUGCAAAGUCCAUCCCAUUUCGGUGAUUUUUCUGCCACACCUGAGUAAUUUGGAAUGCGCUAUUAACCUACCAAUCUUUGCGAGCGAGGCCAACUGGAGAAGACAUGCAAAGUGCACUGGAGGUCGGGGGUCCAACCUGAAGCUGCAAGGCAGCUGCACUACCUGCUGCACGACCGUGCGGCCCUGGGGGAGUCACUGACGUGUCAUUGCCAGCCCGUGAAGACAUUCCACUUCUAGCUAUUCCUCCAGACUCAGAUAUACCCACUGCUGUGUUCUGUGUGCUGGUUGCUUCCUGCCCAUUGCUCCACAAGGCAGUGAUGUCCAAGCACCCAAGUUCCUUUUGGAGCUCGUCGCAGAAGACGUGGUGUUGAUGGGGUGGAGGUUUCCUGUAUGCUUUACCGCUGCAUACUAGCUGCCACACAACCUUGACUGAAGAAGGCCCUUGUGGAAUAUAAAUAUUGCAGGGAAGUGGUGAAGCAGGCAAUUAAAAGGACCCCUGCAAUGUGCUUGGCGAGCAGGAUCAAGGAGAGUGCCAAGACCUUUUUGUAGGCUUUUUUUCCCAGACGAUCCGAUCAAGAUCGUCAGUGCUCGUGGACAGUAUAUGUAUGAUGAAAUGGGAAGAAGAUACCUGGACUGUAUUAACAAUGUUGCUCAUGUUGGACAUUGUCACCCAGAAGUUGUGAAAGCUGGAUCAGCACAAAUGGCAAUACUGAACACAAAUUCACGUUUUCUUCAUGACAAUAUAGUCCAGUACGCCAAGAAAUUGUCAGAAACACUGCCACCGAAGCUAUCAGCUUUCUAUUUUGUGAACUCAGGUUCAGAGGCAAAUGAUCUUGCCCUCAGGCUGGCUCAACAUUACACCCAGCACGAAGACAUUGUGGUCCUCGAGAAUGCCUACCAUGGACAUCUUAAUUCUUUGAUUGACAUUAGUCCUUACAAAUUCAAGAAACUGAGGCCACAAAAGGAUUGGGUUCACGUGGUACCUAUUCCAGACACCUACCGAGGGAAGUACAGGGAAGAUCACCCUGAUCCAGCAUCGGCCUAUGCAAGUGAGGUGAAAGCAGUUAUCGAUGAAAUAGAAAGGAAAAAUCACAAGGUUGCAGCAUUUUUUGCUGAACCUUUACCAGGUGUUGCAGGUCAUAUAAUUCCACCUACAGGAUAUUUCCAGAAGGUAGCAGAACAAAUUCGGAAUGCUGGGGGAUUGUUUGUUGCUGAUGAAAUCCAAGUUGGAUUUGGAAGAGUUGGCAAGCACUUUUGGGCAUUCCAGCUGGAAGGAAAUGAUUUUUCCCCAGACAUUGUAACCAUGGGGAAACCCAUAGGAAAUGGGCACCCUUUAGCCUGUGUUGCUACAACCAAAGAAAUUGCAGAUGCAUUCGCAGCAACUGGAGUGGAGUUCUUUAAUACAUUUGGAGGAAACCCAGUAUCCUGUGCAAUUGGACUUGCUGUUUUAGAAGUCAUUGAAAAGGAAGAUCUUUGUGAAAAUGCAACAAAAGUGGGUACUUACCUGCUGAAUUUGCUAAAUGAGCAAAAAAACAAACAUCCAAUCAUCGGUGAUGUCAGGGGUGUUGGCUUAUUUAUCGGAGUGGAGCUUGUAAAAGAUCAACAGCAGAGGACACCAGCUACUGAGGAAGCCCAGUACUUAAUUGCAAGGUUCAAGAAGGAAUUUAUCAUACUGAGCUGUGAUGGACCAGAUAGAAAUGUCCUCAAGUUUAAACCCCCCAUGUGUUUCACUGUUGAGGAUGCUCAAUUUCUUGUUGAAAAACUUGACAAACUACUUACAGAAAAGGAGAUGACUGAAACAGGAGCAAACUGAACCUCUGGAGCUGAGUCAAUGAAAACUACAAUAUGGGGAAAAAAUGGCACCAGUGACAUUAUAUAUCGUUUUAGUUUCAAUACAAUUUCAAUUAUUUACCUAAUUAAGUUUAAUUUUUAUCUUUGAUCUUGCAUUUAAAAAGCAAAUUGUGAAAUUCACUUUCAAGAGAGUGGUGAAUCUGUGGAAUUCUCUGCCACAGCAAACUGUUGAGGCCAGUUCAUUAGCUAUGUUUAAAAGGAAGUUAGAUAUGGCCCUUGUGGCUACAGGGGUCACGGGGUAUGGAGGGAAGGCUGGGUUCUGAGUUGGAUGAUCAGCCAUGAUCAUAAUAAAUGGCGGUGCAGGCUCGAAGGGCCGAAUGGCCUACUCCUGCACCUAUUUUCUAUGUUUCUAUGUUUCAAGAUUGCCACUGACAAAUGCCACAAGUACCACAAGAUUUGUGAAAUAUUUGAUUUCACACAAAUUAUUUCUUUUGAUAACAGAAAUGAGCAAGUCUAAGACACUGAUUCUGAUGUUUUCAGAAGUUACCAGAAUCAUCUGAUAUAUUCACAUUACUGUAUCAUUCCCAGUUUUGAAAUUGAUGUGCUGUUCAUCUGUAGACGGCUCC